AUGCCGCUGCACUUCGCGCCGCUGCGGAUCCCCCUCCAGCGCCGGCUCCAAACCGCGGCCGUCCUGCAGUGGGUCUUCUCCUUCCUCGUCCUCGGUGAGCCCCGGGGGGACCCCAAAACCACCCCCCCCGGCAUCCCCAAGCCCCCCCCGGGACCCCUGCACUUUGUGGGGAGGGGGGUGUUUUGCGCUGCUGGCGGGUGCCGCGCCGCGCCGUGGCUGAGCGUGCGGCGCCGUCCCCCCCCCCCCGCGGCGCGGCGCGGUGGUUCAGCCCAGCUGUGCACGCUGCUGUUCGCGCUGGCGCUCUGCGGGCCCCUGCGCGCGCCCGCGCUGCUCUACGCGCUCUGGCUCUGGGCGGACCGGCACACGCCCCGCCGCGGGGGGCGCCCUUCCCGCUGGGUCCGCUCCUGGCCGCUCUGGAACUACUUCCGGGAUUACUUCCCCAUCUCGCUGCGGCGCACGGCGCCGCUGGAGCCGGCGGGCAGGUACGUGCUGGGGCUGCACCCGCACGGCGUGCUGGCCGCCGGCGCCUUCGGCAGCUUCUGCACCGAGGCCACCGGCUUCGCGCGGCUCUUCCCGGGCCUGCGCCCCCCCCGCCUGCUCACGCUGCCCGCCUGGUUCCGCGUGCCCCUGCUGCGCGAGUACAUCAUGGCCGGAGGGCUGGUGUCGUCGGAGCGCUCGAGCCUGGAGUUCCUGCUGGGCCAGCCGGGGGGGGGGCACGUGGCCGCGCUCGUGCUGGGGGGGGCCCCCGAGGCGCUGGACGCGCACCCCGGGGCCCUGCGCCUGCGCCUGCGGCACCGCACCGGCUUCGUGCGCAGCGCCCUGCGCCACGGCGCCGCGCUCGUGCCCGUGUUCUCGUUCGGGGAGAACGAGCUGUUCCGGCAGGUGAGCAACCCCCCCGGCUCCGCGCUGCGCGCGCUCCAGGCCCGCGCCCAGCGCGCGCUCGGCGUCGCCUUCCCGCUCUUCCACGCGCGCGGCGUGUUCCAGUACGACUUCGGGCUCCUCCCCUUCCGGCGGGCCGUGUGCACCGUGGUGGGGCGCCCCCUGCUGCUGCCGCGGCUGCCGGACCCCCCCCCCGAGGCCGUGGGGCUGUGGCACGGGCGGUACCUGCGCAGCCUCACCCAGCUCUUCGAGCAGCACAAGGCGGAGUUCGGGGUCCCCCCCGAGCGGCACCUCAGCUUCGUGUGACCCCCCCCCCCCGGCACCCCCAAUAAACGGCCCCAAGGGAGGCGAAGGAGGGUUUGGGGGGGGGGCAUUGGCGCCCGCGGGACCCCGGUUUACACCAGGACACAC